AGUUGUCCCUUGCUUCGCCUCUUCCUCUUUGGCUCCGCACAUUAGUGUUCUAAUCAUUAGCCGUAGUGCCUCCCCGUUUCGUUACGUUUUCUUCCGUUUAUGAAACUUUUAGCAACAUAAUCUGCGUAAUUAUUACACCCCAUGUAGCGACUGCUCCACUUCAAAACAUAAAAACCACUAACGUUUUGCCAGAGAAGGAUUGCAAGGAGAGUUUGUGUCAGAGUCUGCUCCAGAAAGAAGUAGGUCCCGACCGAUCCAGCUAAGGAGUGAUACUGAGCAGAUACAUGGAUAGCCAAAUGAAGCAACGUGUCUUCACUGGGGUUGUGACUCAGCUCCAGGAGCAUUAUGGGAUGGUGGACCAGGAAGUGCGUUUUCAGAAGAGUGUGGUGAAGGGGAGAGUUCCGGCACUGGGGGAGAGGGUGCUGGUAAAGGCUGUCCUGGAUCUGUCUCAAUCACACAGCUGGAGCGCCCAGAGAGUACAGACCCUCGCAGAACACACACAGACGACAAACUUUCCUCGUCCUCUCCUGCCCUCCAUGAUGCCUGCACACGCACAGAAACCGGGCAUUCUGGGUAGCAAGCCGCAGCCUCUCCUCAAAUCUCCCAAGAUCCCUCCUCUCAUCCCCAGCAUCCUUCACACUGUGGCCAAGCCGGGGUUGCUGCAGACUCCAUCAUGGGGGGGUCAGUUUGAGGGCUGGGGCAGAGGCAUCAGGAAGAGACCUGCUGAGGCAGGGAGACGAGGAGACCGCCGGGAGGACAGCGGAGUGAGGGGUUGUGACCAGAAGAGGAGGAGGUGGAAGGAGGAGGAUAAGGGAGCACACCCCAAAAAGACCUCCCCUACCCCAGUUCAGAGUCCCGCCCUCUUCUCUUGCUUCCCCAGGGAUAGUGUGUCCUGUGACAGUCUAGAGCUACAGCGUCGCUACCCCCAUCUCCCUCUCCCUCCAUCCGUCUGCCACCUGUCAAUCAGUUGGAUUGACAGCUUUCCUCCCUCCCAGCCCCUCCCCUUCCCGCUCCCACAGCCCUGCCUUUACCACAUAGGCCCCGUCGAGCCUGACCAACACAUACACACUGAGAGAGAGGGCGCAGAGUGCACUGUAAAGGUGCUGCUGUUGUCCAUGGCCAGUUCAGAGGAGCUGUACAGACAGUGCUGUGGGCUGCAGGACAGGAAAGAACAGCAGGAGGGUGCUAUGCACCCUGCCUCUCUCAUCAAGUUCCUUUUGGGGGAGGUAGGGGGUGAGUUUCGGGCCCUUGGGGGUCCGUGGUGUCUUGAGACAGAUGGCGGGGGUCCCAGUCCGCUGAAGGAUCCCAGGGCACUGCUGAGGACAGCCCUGCGCUGUGUGAGGGAACAGAGUGGACUGGACCUCAGCGGCUGCUCCCAGUGGUAUAAGAUGGCUGAGCUGAGCUAUGUUUGUGAGGGGAAGCUGGAGACGGUGGUGUUUUUGUUACCUGAUGUCUGGCGGAUCGUACCUACAGAGGACGACUGGAGCACACUCAGGACUCAGGAGGAGGAAGGGGCCCCUCUCCCUGCCGCUCCAUGCCUGGUUGCAAGGCCUCGUCCUGGGCUAGCCCUCUGCCCCGUCCCCCUCUCCUCUCUCCUGGAGCCCCACACCUCCACAACCAAGGAGGCCUUUGAGGUGGGCUUGCUGGCAGAGUUGUUUUGUGAGAUGCUUCAGAGGGACUUUGGUCUACUGCUCUACAGCUGUCUCUGCUCUCUAACACCUACACCCACGGAGGAUGACCAGAUAAAGAACGACAAAAAGCAGAGAAUACGGGAUGAGAGGAGUAAAAGAUUUCAGGAAAGAGGAGAGAGUGGAGGGACAGCAGCGGAGGAGACUGAUGACGAUGGAGAAGAGAUAGAUGAGAAAGAGGGAGAGGGAGAAAGAGAGAUGUUGGGAGAGGAGGGAAUUACUAGUGAGAAUUCAGACUGCCUCUUAAAGCACAAUGUGCUGUCUCGUAGAGUGUUGUUGGCCUGUGUGUUCUUUGACAAACGGCUCACUGGAGGCCUCAGACAAGCAGACCUUCACAACAUCUUACUGUCUCUAGGGCUGUGGCUCACACCCACCCAAGUCCAGGUGUUGUUGAAUAAGGUGUGUGUGGAGGGGCAAUGUCCAUACAGGAUGCUAGCCUCUCGCUGGGAGGAGACGGAACACACAGAACCUGAUAUCAGCAUGGAAGGUAACCGUGGGUUGUUUCGUGGAGCUACAAAGAAGGAGAAGGCUUGUGGCCGGAAGUCUGGGGGAUCCAGGGGGCCAGCUGCAGCUGUGGGGGCUGAGGUGGUCUCCUACAAGGGCAGUGUGGUAAACAUCCCCAGCCUGCUACAGGCCCUGGAAGCAGCAGACAGAACACGGAAAGCCCUGGAGCUACGCAUCGCCACCCUACAGGACGCACUGGUGGAUGCUGCGGCUGUCACUCAGGGCCAGGAGGAGGGUCUUAGCAGCAGGCUGGAGAAGGUGGAACUUCGAAGCUCAUCCUAUGAGAAGAAGCUGAAGGAAGAUGCUGAUCACAUGUUCGCCCUCAUCCACAAAAUGCAGGAAAUGGUCGACAAGACGACAAGCCUGACUCAAUCAAAAACAGCAAAUGAAGAACACUGAUUGGUCGGAGCAGAACAGAGAAGUGAAGAUAAACUUGAAAGAUUACAUUAUUACAUACACACAUGCACCAGCCGGCGUGACGGGGAUGAGUGAGUGACCACACACAUAUACAGUCAUGAUGGAAAGUAUUGGCACACUUGAUAAAGAUGAGCAAAAAAGACUGUAUAGAAAAAAUGAUACAAUUACUGAGCUAUAAUGUAUGCUCCCAAAUUUUUUUAAAUGAUAUGAUUUUAUACUAAUACAACUGCUCAAAGAAAGAGAUUUUGUUUUUCUCAUUAGAUGGGGUCGAAAUGAUUGGCACCCCUCUUUUCAAUACUCCGGCACCUUUGAGGAUAACGGCAUAGCCUUUUUCUAUAAUGUUUUAUGAGAUUGGAGAACACAUUGGGAAGGAUGUUAGACCAUUCCACCAUACAGAAUCUUUCCAGAUUAUUGAUAUUCUUUGUCUGCGAAGACUGCCCUCGUCAAUUCAAACCACAGGUUCAAUUGGGUUCAAAUUCGGAGAUAGAGCUGGCUAUUGCAAAAAUUUUAUUUUUGUGGUCAGUUAAUCUACAAAGAAAUGGUUUUGAUGUGUGCUUGAGGUUAUUGUAUUGCUGGAAGAUCCACUUGCAGCUAAGUUUCAGCCUCCUGGCAGAGGCAACCAAGUUUUUGGCUAAAAUGUCCUGGUACUGAGUAAAGUCCACCAUGCCAUUGACCUUAACAAGGGCCCCAGGACCAGUGGAAACCAAAUAGCCCCAUAACACAUUUUACAGUAGGUACGGGGUUAUUUUCUACAUAUGCAGAUGCCAGACCCACCACUGGCAUUUACAUUUGUUGGAUAUCAUAUUUCUCCAAUGCCAAAUCAGUGUCUUAUUUGCAAUGAGAGAGCAUCGCGGACCAAAGCACUGUUAUAGAUCACUUUAUAUAAUCACAUCAGUUUUUAUUUAUCUUAAAAAAUAGAUAGGAAGAAAUACAAAGCUCUCUUGAAAUGAAUUAUUCCUAGUCUAAUUUGCCUACUUUCAGCACCAGGAGCUGUCCAUUUCCAAUUGAUUGUGCCGUGGCUGCUGCUUCAAGUUUCAGCACCACAAUGUAAAUGACUGACAUCUGGCUUAUUGUGAGGUCAAUAACUGAUAAAUACAUCAUUGGCAAGAAAAAUAUUGUUUUUAAUUAAAUCUAUUAUAGUAGUAACAAGCUAUCAAAGUUGACCUCCAUCUUUGCACUCUCCUCAAACUGAACAGAAUAUAGGCUAUAGGCUAGUCUGUGCGCAAGAGUGCAUUUUCUGGACUAGGUCUAAUAAAUAAAUACAAAUCUGAAUAAGCCAUUGACUCCUCCUGAACUGCUACGGUAGUCCUGCACAUCCAUUGGUUAGGCAGCACAAUAACGUUUUGGAUGAGCAGAGCAGGCCGGGGUUGGAAUAUCCAUUGGUUAGGCAGCACACAAUAACGUUUUGGAUGAGCCAGAGCAGAGCGGGCCGGGGUUGGAAUAUCCAUUGGUUAGGCAGCACACAAUAACUUUUUGGAUGAGCAGAGCAGGCUGGGGUUGGAAUAUCCAUUGGUUAGGCAGCACACAAUAACUUUUUGGAUGAGCAGACAGGCUGGGGUUGGAAUAUCCAUUGCAGUGUGUAAUACAACCCAGUUUUAUUUGCACCAUCCCGGCAGCCAUCUUAGAAAUAUAACUUUGCUCUAUGCUUCUCCGAGCAGGCACUUUGUAUUCUAUAGGCUAUGGAUCAUUUGAUUGAACCACACUAAAUAGCCUGCAAGCACACUUGAUAUUCCGUGCCCAGCAGAGAAUCAGAGUUGAGGGACAGCAUCGGGCACACGUCAAUCUAUAGCCUAUUAAGCAACUCAUUCUAAAACGCUUUCAUCAAUUACAUGACUCUCCCCUGGACUAGAAAAAAAAAAAAUAUAUAUAUAUAUAUACACUACCAUUCAAAAGUUUGGGGUCACUUUGAAAUGUCCUUGUUUUUGAAAGAAAAGCAACAAAAAAAUCCAUUAAAAUAACAUCAAAUUGAUCAGAAAUACAGUGUAGACAUUGUUAGUGUUGUAAAUUACAUUCUAAGUGACCCCAAACUUUUGACCGGUAGUGUAUAUACAAAACCCUCCUCCAGGUAACCAUUCUGUAAAUGUUUAUCCAUCCUCUACUGUAAAAUAUGGUGGUGGAUCUUUGAUAAGCUCAACAUGUCAAGGAUCUGAUUCUGUAUUGGGAAUUGUCUAAGAUCCCUCCCAAUGUGUUCUCCAAUCUAAUAAAACAUUUUGGAAAAUAUGUAUUUUAUUUCAUGAUGUCAAUGUUACUGCAAACAUUCUUCUUCCAUCUAUCAUUGUGAUUUGGCAGGAAUAAACACGUUUGAAUAAAAAAAUUCAGGGUAAAAAAA